AGGAUAUGGUCGCACAGAAGGUGUCGAGCCUUAUCAUGGCCCGCCGGGCCAGCUACGCCCGCAGCCUGGUCCAUCCGUGUUCGAUAAGUUGUUCCUUGUCUUCGGCUCUGACGCUGUGGAAUAUCCUUACGAAUCGCGAGCGAGUGCACUCCGUCGGGGCUGACGUACUGUUUUUCACCAUGUAUUCGAGCAUCUUGGUGGUGCUGUUUCGGCCUUCAUGGAUCACGCCAUCCCCGGUAGAGCUCUGGGGCGCCUGGGCCAUGCUGAUGGCCACGGUGGGCGCAUCGCCACUGGUCACGUCGAGCGACAAGCUGAUCGUCGUGUCCGCCACCCUCGGCGUCGUCAGGCUCUGCGUCAGCCUGUUCAUGCUGAAGCUGCCCAGCCUCGUGUUCUGGAACGCCGCCGACUGGGGCGCCCUGAGCUUCCACCUGCACCCGUGGAUCCCGUCCGUGGACGUCGGCCACUCGCUGGCGUACCGCCAGCAGUCCCAGAUGAUCAUCAUCGCGGAGCUGUUCCAGUCCUGCUUCGUGGUGCUCCUGGCCUACUCGAUGCACCGCGUCACGAGCGAGUGGGCGCGGCAGCUGGUGGAGGCGCAGGCCUCGCGCAAAGGGCUGGAGGCGUCCAGGUCGAUGCUGCUUACCGUGUGCGACGUCGUGGUGGAGCUGGACGCGAACCUGCAGCUGACGGAGCACUCGCCGAGACUCGCCGCGAUGCUGCCUCGCAGUCUCAGCCACAACUCCCUCGUCGGCUCGACGCUGGACAAGUUCAUGUGCUCGGAGGACGACAUACGCCGCUUCAACGCACGCAUGCAGGAUCCCGCGCACGAGAACGACACGAUCGGCGACGUUUUCCACGCGAACAUGCGCAACCGGUUUGGGGGCGCAACGGAGAUGGAGUUCUUCCAUGUCUGCUUCAUGGACGCUCUCACGCAGCUGCCCCAGCAUCUCCUGGGCUUCAGGGAGAACAGCGACUCCGUCUUGUUGGGUCGAUCUCCUGUCCCAGAGCCGGACUACAUUGCUCAGUCCGACAUUAUUGGUCACGAGGGCUUGCCGGGGAUGGCCGUCGUGUUCGACGCGCUCACGUUCAAGGUCUUGAAGUGCUCCGCGGCUUUCGUUAGGUGCUUCGGGCCGUGCCGGGCCGGCGCGCUGGUCUGCGACUGGCUGCACCAGGAGGGCCCCAUGGUCGAGGUCUUGUGUGACAACAUUAACCUCUUCGCCAACAACACUGAGCCCACCCACUACUUCGAGCUCUGGCCGCUGACGCUGCAGCUGGCUUGCAGCGGCCAGGCAGACUAUCACGUGUCGGUCAUGCUCACGCGGGAGCAGUCCGACGCCGGCGACGACCAGGUCCUGGCGUGCAUGGUGCUGCCCCCCGGCAGCGGCGCGGACCACGACCCGAGCGAGCGCAGCCGCAGCCACAGCAUCGAGGCCCGAGCCAGGGCGGGCACGGUCCACGGAGCGGACCACGGCCAGGGCCGCGGCCGCAGCAGCGAGGCGAGCAGGGCCUCCGAGCACGCCCGGGGGGUGCGGGUGCGGCUCGCGCAGCGGCUGCUCGCCGAGCUGGCCGACGCCGACGCGGCCGCCGCGGCCCCGGGAGCGCCGCGCGCCGAGCCCUCCGCGUCCACCUCGCGGUCCUCUUCCUGGACCUGGGCCGACGAGGCGCAGCCCCCGCCCUGGGCCGCGCCGCGCCGCGCGGGCGCGGGCGCGCGCUCCCGGUCCGUGUCCCCCCACAGCAGCUUCGCGUCGAGCUGCCUGGCCAUCUGAUGGCGCUCGGCUGAGGGUGGGCAGAUUUUCAAGAGCGCGCCAGUGGAUGGCCCGGAAUACACUGAAAGGGGGGGCGUGUAACGUUGGUGGAAAAUGGGCCCCCCAGCUAAGGCGGGUAGGCGCACUGCCCAGCCCCAGGUCCGUCGUCGCCGGUCGCGCCCCGUGGUCUCCGAUCGCGGCCACGGGCCGCGGCCCGUGGUCUCUGGUCUCCUGUGCGGUCUCGCGUGCAGUCUGGUGCAGUGUAGGCAGCCUGGGUUUUCUGCGGUCCGCGGCCGUGCCCGCGCGACCGCCCUGCCCUGCCCGUCGUGUCAUCACGGGUCGGCCCUCGUGCCAGGGGCAGUGACAUCUGCGAGCCAGGAGGGCCUCUUGAGGAAUCGUUCCGAAGGCCGCUCACAUUGACGAAAUCAUGCGCGCAUCUCAGUCAGCUUGGCGCUCGCGCGCAUGACUGAUGGCCUUGAUGGGCAGGCGCGCUCGCAGAACGCUUAACAAUCUGUUCAUAUCUACUGGUCUUGACCGGCUUUUUGUCUAAGUGUGCUUGUGGGCUCCGCCUGUGCAGUAUAGGCCAGAGUGAAAUGAGUCUUGCGAGGUAUGCGUCUUAGGAGGCUGUCUUGCGAGCGUGGCCGAACUUGUUCGGCCACCCCUCUGGCCUCCUUGUGGCCUCAGUUGACUUUUGCUUCCAGUGUGUUGCAUCGCAUUGCGUAGCAUUCUCAACGCACGUCCUCUGGCGAGUAACUGCCCAAGACGGGCGGGGGUCACGAGGCUCCCCGCCCGUGGUCGACUUAGUUGUAUCAGCUUGUGAUGCGGUUGAAAGCCCCGCACGCAGGGAAAUGGCCAGCAUCUGUCCGGAAUAAUUGUCGUACUUUCCGCCCUUCCUGGUUUCUCCGCUUCUCUGUUCCAGCGCGUCUUGCUCUUCCUUCUCUCUCGCUCGUAGCUUCUUGGGUCAAGCUACUUUUGCCUUCGCUUAGGGCUUCGCCCUUCGCUUCGCUCUCAUUAGAAACCUACUGCUAUAAGCCGCUGCUAGGCCAUGGCGCCUGGCCGCGCCGUCGGCCCACGGGUGAGUCCCACCUGGACCCUGACUCUGCCUGUCAUGCGGGUUGGAACCCUGGCGACGUCGUCGAAGUGUAGUCGAUGGAUGCUACUCCCUGGAGCUGCAGCUGCGGACAAUCUCGCCGUCACAACAGCAACAGAUGCGAUGACAACGACACACUAAAACGGACAGCUGACCAAAAAGUGUCUGUCCUUUCGCCUAGGCACUGCCGUCCGACGAGCAGGGCAGAACGGCACCGC